CAUUGAUCCGCCCUAAAUAAGUUCAAAUUACACUGAGUUUUAUGCAUACCUAAUAAUUUACUUUUAAAAGUGGGAUAAGCCUAUUUCCUGUAAGCCUAUGGUAAAAAUGGGUGUAAAGUGGUGGCAGGAUACGAAAAUCUGUCCAUGCUAAUUACUGAUCUUUCUAACGAAUAAAUGGGCAAUAAUGUUGGCAGCUAAUAGUGGAGACUGGAUGCUUCAUAUUGUCUAUGUCUUUACCUGUCUUGUUUGUGUCCACUCAGCUCCUGGGCUUAGUCCUUCGUCCUUCAGUCAUUCUGACACUCAUCUUUGCCGGUGCAGGGGCUCAAAUCAUCUGGGUCUAUGUCGUUGUCUCCGGGUACAGACAGAGAGUCCAACCGAGCAAUCCCCUCGUCGGCAAUGUCGCUUCACUCGCCCCAUCGCAAGGCCGAGAUCAACCCGGUGUCCCCCGGCUAGAGAAGGGCGAGUUCGUCAAGAGAUACCGCCUGCCACCAGACGCGAUGAACCGGUACACCAACACUAAAGAGUUCCUCAUCUACGGUAGCUUGAAUAACAUGGAGGAUUUCCCGGAGUUACGAGGAAUGCUCGACAUAUUUGCCAAAGACAUUCCCGGCACUUAUUGGACCUACGCCCCGGUGUUCUGCCCUGAUAUGAACACAACAAUAGGCCUGACAGUCUCCAUGGACUAUUCCGAAUUCAGAACAAAAGACGCUGUAGUCUUUGGUACGUUGCCCAAAAUGCUUGCCAACAAUUUGGGAGAAUUGCUCAACAAAGAACCACAUGCCGGUCAAACUUGGAUUUACUUCAGCACAGAAUCUCCAUUCAGAGCCAUGAGAUGGGUGAAAGAUAUGCGGUUGGCAAGUUUGAAAUACCACAAACUGAUGACGUACAAUCGGAAGUCAGACAUAGUCUUUCCUUUCGGUUAUACCGUGACAAAUAGAACCGCUGAGAAUUCUUUGAGCCGGAAUUUUGCUCAAGAGAAAAGCAAGCUUAUCGCGUGGAUGGCGAGUAACUGCGAGGAGAUUUUCUGGCCGAGAAACGAGUACGUUGAGCGGAUGAGAGAGCUGGUAAAAGUAGACACAUACGGCCGGUGCGGUUCGAUCGACUGCCUACGUCGUAGCUCCGAGAGAUGCACCCUUAUUCUCGGUCAAUAUAAAUUCUACCUGGCUCUUACGAACUCGGAAUGUCAAGACUACAUCACAGAAAAAUUUUGGGACACUGCUCUCAAGCAUGACAUCGUACCGGUCGUUGGCGGCGCACCAAGGGAAGAUUAUGAGCAAGUUGCCCCGCAGAAUUCUUUCAUCCACAUUGGAGAUUUCAAUACAGUAAGACAACUUGUGGAUUACUUGCUUUUGCUGGAUAAGAACGACGCUAUGUACAAUACGUACUUUGAAUGGAAGCAGACGAGAAGUGUGGUCACUCGCUUCCCGCCAAAACCGGAACUAUUUUGCAGCAUGGUUCCGCAUUUGACUGAUGGCAGGACACGAGUAAAAAAAUUGGGCAAAUCGCCAUGGUUUAAAACGUGUAGAAAUGGGGUGACUAUGGACUCAUCAGUGCGGGCACGAGCCAGGGUUUUAGACAAUAAUUUCAACUCGUGGACGCCAUGGCGCCUUUGAUUUUGUUUUUACAUUAUUCAGAUGAUUUUAUUAUUGCAUCAUUCACUCUGUCUAUAUCCUAAAAUGUAUCUGGUAAUUAUCUUUACUACAUGUAUAUCAAUAUCCAGUGUAAGAAAUAAAGUUUGGUUUACUGUUCCCAAAAUGAACAAUAGUU